CGACAAUCUUUACUUCCGAUUCGCGCCAAAAGCCGGUAGGACGACACCAUAAACUAAUCCAACUACUUUACAGGACAAGUAGUUUAAUAAUUAUUUCCAUCUCUUAAUCGUAAACUAAUUGUGAUCUUAAAAUGGUUGGAAAAGGAAAGAUGUAUGUGAUAAAACGAGAUGGACGUAAAGAAGAUGUUCAUUUUGACAAAAUAACAUCCAGGAUUCAAAAGUUAUGUUACAAUUUAGAUAUGGAUUAUGUGGAUCCUUCUGCAAUUACUUUCCGUGUUAUCAGUGGUUUAUAUUCAGGUGUAACCACCGUUGAAUUAGACAAUCUUGCAGCUGAAACUGCUGCAACUAUGACUACUAAACAUCCAGAUUAUGCGAUAUUAGCUGCAAGAAUUGCAAUAUCUAAUCUUCAUAAAGAAACAAAGAAAAGCUUUAGUGAAGUAAUACAUAACUUAUAUAAUGUAAAGGAACAUUAUACAAAUGAAGUUAGACCUGUUAUUAGUGAGAAAUAUUACAAUAUCAUACAAAAUAAUGCAAAUAAGUUAAAUUCUGCAAUAAUUUAUGAUAGAGACUUUAGUUAUAAUUACUUUGGUUUUAAGACACUUGAAAGAAGUUAUUUAUUAAAAAUACAAGGGAAAGUUGUUGAAAGACCACAACACAUGUUAAUGAGAGUUGCAGUUGCCAUUCAUGGUGAAGAUAUUGAUAAAGCUAUAGAAACUUACAAUUUUUUAUCAGAACGUUAUUUUACACAUGCAUCUCCAUCACUUUUUUUUGCCUGUACUAGGCAACAGCAAAUGUCUAGUUGUUUUUUACUAACAAUGAGUGAUGAUAGCAUAGAUGGAAUUUAUGAUACAUUAAAAAGAUGUGCACUUAUUAGCAAAUCAGCUGGUGGUAUUGGACUUAAUGUACAUUGUAUUCGAGCAAGAGGCACACCAAUAGCUGGUACACUUGGUGUAUCUAAUGGUUUAAUUCCAAUGCUCAGAGUAUACAAUAAUACAGCUCGAUAUGUUGAUCAAGGAGGAAAUAAAAGACCAGGAGCAUUUGCUAUAUAUUUAGAACCAUGGCAUGCAGAUAUCUUUGAAUUUUUAGAUCUUAAAAAGAAUAUUGGUAAAGAAGAAAAUAGAGCAAGAGAAUUAUUCUAUGCUUUAUGGAUACCUGAUCUUUUUAUGAAACGAGUUUUCGAUAAUGGUGUAUGGUCUUUAAUGUGUCCACAUGAAUCUCCUGGUCUACCUGAUGUUUGGGGCGAUGAAUUUGAAGCUCUCUAUACACGAUAUGAGAAUGAGAAAAGAUAUAAACGUCAGAUUCAAGCGAGAGAUUUAUGGACAGCUAUUCUUGUUUCUCAAGUUGAAACAGGAACUCCUUACAUGCUUUAUAAAGAUCAUUGUAAUCGUAAAUCAAAUCAUCAAAAUUUAGGGACAAUCAAAAGCAGUAAUUUGUGUACAGAAAUCGUACAAUAUUCCAGUCCAGAUGAAAUCGCUGUAUGCAAUUUAGCUUCAAUCGCAGUGAACAUGUUUGUAAACUCCAGUAAUCAGACAUUUGAUUUUGAAAAACUGCGAAAAGUAACAAAAAUUGUUACUUGUAAUUUAGACAAAAUUAUCGAUGUGAAUUAUUAUCCGGUUCAUGAAGCAAAAACAUCAAAUUUUAAACAUAGGCCUAUAGGGAUUGGAAUUCAGGGUCUUGCAGAUGCAUUCCUUUUAAUGCGAUAUCCGUUUGAAAGUGAGGAAGCACAAAAACUUAAUAUCCAAAUAUUUGAGACAUUAUAUUAUGGUGCAUUAGAGGCUAGUUGUGAACUUGCUGCAGAGAAAGGUACAUAUGAAACCUAUGAAGGUAGUCCAGUUAGCAAAGGAAUUUUACAAUAUGAUAUGUGGAAUGUUACUCCAACUAAUUUAUGGAACUGGACAAUUCUGAAAGAAAAAAUUGCUAAACAUGGAGUUAGAAAUUCUUUAUUAAUCGCCCCUAUGCCAACGGCAUCUACUGCACAAAUCUUAGGAAAUAAUGAAUCUAUAGAACCAUAUACCAGUAAUAUUUAUGCAAGAAGAGUUUUGUCUGGAGAGUUUCAAGUCGUAAAUCCUCAUUUAUUACGAGAUCUGACUGAAAGAGAUCUUUGGGAUGAGGAUAUGAAAAAUGAAAUUAUAGCAAAUAAUGGUUCUGUACAGAAUAUCGAACGUAUACCAAAUGAUUUAAAAAUGCUUUAUAAAACCGUUUGGGAAAUACCACAGAAGGUAAUAUUAAAAAUGGCAGCAGAUCGUGGUGCAUUUAUAGAUCAGUCACAGUCAAUGAAUGUUCAUAUGGCUAAACCAACAACAGAAAAACUGACUUCAAUGCAUUUUUAUGGCUGGAAGAUGGGUUUAAAGACUGGUAUGUAUUAUUUAAGAACGAAACCAGCAGUAAAUGCCCUACAAUUCACGGUUGAUAAGUCAAAAUUACGAAAUACAGUCAGUACUACUUCUAAUCAAUCUGUUAAUUCUGAAAGUAGCAAUGACGAGAAACUCAUAGAAGUAUUCGCAUGCUCUCGUGAAAAUGGAGAUGCGUGCAUGGCCUGUGGAUCAUAGAAAUAAAUAUUUACAAUUUUUUAAAUUUUGUAUACGGUUAUGAGUAUUAUAUGUAUUUAAGCAUAUUUUUUGUAAUACUAUAUACUAUAUAGUUAAUACUAUAUAAUUUUGAAAAAUUCUAAAAUAAAGCUAUUUGCCCUUGAUUUCAUGUAUUAUUCCUUUACAUUGUAACAUUUAAUAUUUAUUAUUUGCACUAAAGGUUUCGAAUAAAUUAAGAUAUAAAGAUUAUAAUUUAAAAUUCCGCGCGAAACAGGGUAGUCAACUAAAUCUAAAUAAAUGUGGAUCACUGUUGUGUUCUUUAUAUGCUGCUACAGUCAAGUGUUCGAGAACAGCGUCACUACGGUAGUCAAGUGAAAUGUCAAAAUUGCAAGCGUGAAGACGUACAUAGUUGCGCAUCAGUUAACUGUUGUGUAAAUUUCGUUAAAGAUCUAGAGUGAAUAUAUUCAUUUUGGACUCAUUUGUGAGUGAUUCGGCAUUUGAGCCGAUUAAGUAUGUAAUGAUCUUAUUUUCUGAUCAAAGGAAAAUAAAGAAACGUUAAUAAAAAAGGAUUUUUCUGUAACGAAUUUUGGCACUGAUAUCCAGCUGAUGCAUUUUAACAUAUUUGACAGUUGAAAUUGCGUAAUUGUUGCCAGGAUUUUCUUAUGAGUCUUUUUACGCAAUUUAUCUAAAUUGCCGUAUAGAAUGGCGGAUUUGGAUGACUUAUUUCAUUUAGAUCAAUACAUAGGUCCAGAAUCUCUUGCAGAAUUAUGUUUCCAAGUAAUCUGCAAAAAUUUAGACAUUAUCUCAGUAAAGGAUAAGUGUGAAUAUCGAAAUCUUUUAAAAGGAGUGGUUUUCCCAAGCGAAAUAUGCGAUAAACUUAUUGAAUACGUUUUACGAAACGAUAUAAACGAAGAUCAUGACUGUUUCU